AUGAUGUCUUCCAUUGCUUCAGAGCUUGAACGUAUAAAAGGGCCCAUCUGCUCACCGACUUUCUUCACUCGAACAAAUUCGCAGCAUUCGUUCAAGUACUCACACUCUUUCACCAACAUGCAAUUCAAAGUCUCUGUUCUCACCGCCGUCGCUCUUUCCACCCUUGCGGUCGGCACCCCCGUGAAGCGCGACGAGUCCGGUGGUGGCGGCCAGUGCAACACGGGUCCCGUCCAGUGCUGCAACAGCGUUCAGCAAGCCAGUAGCAGCCCCAUAUAUCAGCUCCUCGGUCUCUUGGGCGUCGUCGCCGGGCCAAUUGACGCCCUCAUCGGCCUUACCUGCAACCCCAUCUCUGUCAUCGGUAUUGGAGGCAAUUCUUGCACUUCCCAGCCCGUCUGCUGCACCAACAAUAACUUCAACGGAGUUGUCGCUCUCGGUUGCACUCCCAUCAACGUCAACCUCUAA